GACGUCAGAGCAGACGAGGUCAAUAUGCGCCAUCCCCUGUGCACGCAGUAUACCCUUCCCCGCUGCCCGGUAGUGGCAUUUGCCGUAUUCACGUGACAUUUUACGACAUUUCCGUUGCUGGUGUGUGUGGCGGUAUCUAGUGAGAAGGUGCUCGGCUUUGACUGAGGCCGAAGUACUAAACAUGGAGGUACCUCUGCCUCCGGAAGACCAGGAACUCAGAAAUGUCAUUGACAAAUUGGCACAAUUUGUGGCUAGAAAUGGACCGGAAUUUGAAAAGAUGACCAUGGAAAAGCAGAAAGACAACCCUAAAUUCUCCUUUCUCUUUGGAGGAGAGUUCUACAACUACUACAAAUGUAAACUUGCAAUGGAACAGCAACAGUACAUUUGUUUCUCUCACACAGUGCUUUGUAAGCAAGCUCAAGACAUGGAACCCAAGGCGCAAAUUCCCACAAUCCCACCACCUGCUCUCCCUCUGCCUCCUACACUUGUUCCACCACCUCAAGGUGCCCCGCCAAUUGAUGAUCUGAUUCAGCAAAGUCAGUGGAAUUUUCAACAGCAGGAACAGCAGCUUCUCUCAUUGAGACAGGAGCAGGUAACUGCUGCAGUAGCACAUGCUGUAGAGCAACAGAUGCAGAAACUGCGAGAGGAAACCCAACUGGAUAUGACUGAAUUUGACAACUUACUGCAGCCAAUAAUCGACACCUGUACAAAGGAUGCCAUAUCAGGUGGCAAAAACUGGAUGUUCAGUAAUGCAAAAUCUCCUCAACAUUGUGAGCUAAUGGCAGGACACCUACGCAACCGUAUUACAGCUGAAGGAGCACGCUUUGAAUUGCGACUCCACCUCAUAUACUUAAUUAAUGAUGUUCUACACCAUUGCCAGCGCAAGCAAGCACGGGAUCUGCUGGCUGCUCUUCAGAAAGUAGUUGUGCCUAUCUACUGCACCAGCUUCCUUGCUGUAGAAGAGGACAAGCAGCAAAAGAUUGCACGAUUGCUGCAGCUCUGGGAAAAGAAUGGCUACUUUGAUGAGGCUACAAUUCUGCAGCUACAGAGUCCAGCCCUGGGCUUAGGACAGCACCAGGCGGCGUUACUAACAGAAUAUUCCAGUAUGGUACAGCCAGUGCUUGUGGCAUUCCAGCAGCAACUACAGACGCUGAAAACACAACAUGAAGAGUUUGUGACUGGUUUGAAACAACAACAGCAGCAAAUCCAAAUUCCAGUGAUGGAACCCAUCCCAGAGACGCCAGCUCCUGCACCAGCCCCAACGCCAGUGCCAGUACCAAUGCCAGUACCCGUGCCUCCACCACCAGAGGAAGUAAAACCUGCAAUGACUAUCCCUGCCCCUGCAGAAUUUGAACCUCCUCCAGCCCCUGUACCAGAUCCAGCUGCUGGGGGAGGUCGAGGACCACCACCACAUGAGCAAAUCCCACAUAAUAAACCACCAUGGUUUGAUCAGCCACAGCCCAUUGCACCAUGGGGUCAACAGCAGCCUUGUGAACAACCACCAUUUCCUCACCACCCAGCACCUCCUCACUGUCCACCAUGGAGCAACAGUCACGAAGGCAUGUGGAACGAGCAGCGUGACCCCAAUUGGAACAACGAGCCUGAGCCAGCUUGGAACAAUCAGCGAGAGCCCCCAUGGAAUAAUCAGUUUGAUGCUCCUUGGAGCAACCAGCAUGAGCAGCCUCCAUGGGGGGGGGGUGGUGGUGGUGGUGGUGGUGGUGGUGGCGGCGGCGGCGGUGGUGGUGGUGGGCAGAGGGAUCCCCACUUUCGCAUGCAGCGUCCACCACACUUCCGAGGCCCCUUUCCACCUCAUCAACAGCACCCACCUCAAUUCAACCAACCUCCGCAUCCCCAUAACUUUAAUCGGUUCCCCCCACACUUCAUGCAGGAAGAAUUUCCACCACGGCACCCUUUUGAAAGGCCACCUUUCCCACAUCGAUUUGAUUUUCCCCAGGGGGAUUUCCCUGCAGAUAUGGGCCCACCUCAUCAUCACCAAGGUCACAGAAUGCCACACCCCAACAUGAAUGAACAUCCUCCGUGGGGGGGACCACAACACCCAGACUUUGGCCCUCCACCUCAUGGGUUCAAUGGACAGCCCCCUCACAUGCGCAGACAGGGUCCUCCACACAUUAACCAUGAUGACCCCAGCCUGGUCCCCAAUGUACCAUACUUUGACUUACCGGCUGGUCUGAUGGCCCCUUUAGUUAAAUUGGAAGAUCAUGAAUACAAACCCCUGGACCCUAAGGAUAUUCGACUUCCUCCUCCAAUGCCCCCAAGUGAGAGGCUCUUGGCUGCUGUUGAGGCAUUUUACAGUCCUCCUUCACAUGACAGACCUCGUAACAGUGAGGGUUGGGAACAAAAUGGCCUUUAUGAAUUUUUCCGAGCCAAGAUGAGAGCUCGGCGUAGGAAAGGACAAGACAAGCGCAACAGCAGGCCCUCAAGAUCUCGGAGCCGCUCAAAGAGUCGAGGACAAUCAUCUUCACGAUCCAACUCCAGAUCAUCCUCCCGCUCUUAUUCUAGGUCUCGCUCCAGAUCACGCUCCCGUUCCAGAUCAUACUCCAGGUCAAGAUCCAGGAGCAGAAGCAGGUCCCGAUCAUCCAGGAGUCACUCAAGGUCAAGAUCUCGGUCCAAAUCUUUUUCACCAGGGAGAAGACGCCGAUCACGAUCUCGUAGCGCAACCCCUCCUUCCUCUUCAGGUUUAGGUUCUGGACCAGCAGGCCCUGUGCCCAAUGUCCGUUUGGGAGAAGAAAACAAGGGUCAUCAAAUGUUGGUAAAAAUGGGAUGGAGUGGGGCAGGUGGGCUUGGUGCUAAUGAGCAGGGAAUCCAGGACCCCAUCAAAGGAGGGGACAUUCGGGACAAAUGGGACCAGUACAAGGGUGUUGGUGUCUCACUUGAUGACCCCUAUGAAAAUUACCGCAGGAACAAGAGCUACUCUUUUAUUGCACGCAUGAAAGCCAGGGAUGAAAAUUUCAAAGCUGGAGGAUCCUUUCCCCCUGGUUCAGCUCCUCAAGUGAAACGAGAGGGGCCGGAUCCACAAGAGCAGGAAUGAAGCAGAAGACUCCUUGUAGCCUGAUACUUAGGGGGAAUAAAGGGUGUUUGAGAAGUGUUGUUAAACACCCCACUUCAGCAGGAAACUGACAAGAUUAUUGGAUACAGGAAAACGAUUUGGUGAACUUGUUACCAUUUAAAUUUUAUAAUUGUUGGUGUCCUUGAAACCCCAGAGAAGAUUUCCCCUAUCCCAUACUAUCCCCCUAUACUGAUUUAAUAAACCCUACAAGGUCCUUAAAGUAUAGGAGUACUGUACCUUCUUGCAGUCUUAGCACCUUAAAAUGGGGCUUAUUCUUAGAUGUGGGCAAAGCACAAGAUAUCUACAGCUGCCUCAGAACCCGUGCACUCAGCGUUGAGAAUUUUGCAUCAUGCAAAGCAUUAUGGGAUUAGACUGUGAGAACAGGACAGACUGCCUCCUCUUUCUGUGGCUGCAGUUCACCAGCAAUUUCAUCACCUGUCUCUUUUCAAAUCUACUUUUAGAUGUUAUUUUUGUCCUUUUGGCAAUUUAAAUAGAAUGUUUUGGUUUUUAAUACAUAUAACAGUAUAAGAAAGCAGUACUGCCAAAGUGGCCCAAAUCAAUUUAGAGAGGGGGGAAAAACCCUCCUAUGAAGUUAUUUUAAGACACACUGAUGUAAAUGAUUCCGCCAUUGUAUCCCUUAAUACUGAUACUUUAGUAUCACAGUUGAGUCUGUGAUGGGAUUUUUGUGUUUGGGAAAAAUUUGAUAUUGCAUCUUCUGUUUGUGUGCAUCUUGCCAUCUCAUCUUUUGUAAAAUAAAAAAAAAAAUUUAAA